GACUUUUGUUCUUUAUUUGCUAACGGGAAGUGGAAGAUCCUCUAACCUAACGAUGAAUUCUAUUACUGCAGGAUGAAAAUUCGAGCAAGAUAGGCUUCAAGGCCACUCGAACGAAGUAUAUGCGUGUUUUGCGAACAACUUUAUCGUAGGCGAUAGGCUCUCCGUAGGCGUGUGCGUAAUAGUGCUCCUGGGUGUGUUCGGUUUCGCAUGACACACGCAUUGAGGUUAUGUCGCGCGUGCGAUGCUCUGACAGCGGCGUUUUCGGUCGCGUUUCAGGACACGAGAGUACGUCCAGCGGGAAGCUUAUAACAUGAUAAACCUUUUCCUCGAAGAUAACGAUGCCUGGUGUUACUGGGCUGUCUCGAUCGGCGCUCUGCUGUCGUUCCUUGGUUUCGUCGUCGCCUGUAUCUGCAGCUGUCGACGUAACGAAAACAAAUGUGUAUAUCUGCAUAUUUCGUAUUUGUUGUACAACUGCGAUCGUAUUAUGACAGGAAUGAGUUUCUGGGGCUCGCUGGUAUGGUAACACUGAAUAAUUCCGAAACAGAUGGUUUCAACAGAGUUCCGACAGUGGAUAUAUCCCAAGUUGUUGUGCAGGAUGUCAGCGAUGGUGGAAAAAGGACUACAAGUGCCAAUAGAAGUCUUCCGGAUAUUCCAAAGGACAAGAGCAGAGAACAUGAAGAUAUAGCCGAGUCAGUACCUCAGGAUAUUUAUGAGACCACCGAGACCAUGGGGGACCAUUCAGAGCUCUACGCUACAGUCCAAGACACAGGACAAGAACAGAUAUCUGAGAGAGAAACGCAAGAGGUUUCUCAACAAAGUUCUAUGACACAAGACACAUCUCAUCAAUACGCAAGAUUUGCGUCUCCCAUCUCUGACAAUGUUGAACACCCGUACGCACAACUUCAAAGUGUUCAGAAAACUGAGGCUAGUCAAGUAAAUAGAAAUAAUGUUAAUCAAGCCGCGAACAUCGAAAAGCCGUCGACGUCGGCCAUGGGUCAAUCGAGCGGAAAUCCAGUAGCGCCGCCGCGUACCCGCCGAUCGUCUUCGCAUAAUUCGCUCCUCAGCUCCGACUCUCAUUGCGACAUCCAGGCCGCCAACGCUAUCACCGGUGGUGUACAGGCUAAUCAAGACUUACCCUACAUGACGCCGCCUCUCUUAAUGCUGCUGCCGCACCCGCCGCAGCCCCAGCACAAUAGUCCGCAGCAGCAUUUCAGUGGUGACUCCCAAGACUCAAAGGGAUAUACGAGCAUAAGCGUCAGGGAGCCAUUAGCUAAUAUAAUCGCACAGACCAAAGCAGCAUAUAGACAAAACCAAUCGACUCGGCCAAUCACCGACCCUCAUUACGCUACUGUCUCCGACGACUCAGAUGAAAUGUACGCUGCGAUUGAUGAACAAGAUAAGGUGUAUACCAGUGGCAGUGAAACAUAUGCACAAAUUCAACCGACGAUGUUGGAAGUACAAAGAGUAGCGCAACAUGAUCAGACGGUAUUUUGUCAGCCCCCUUCCCGCGCGGAAGAGACACACACUGCUCCACAACCGCCGAGCGUCGAUAGUUUGCGUCAUGUCGCGCACGCCCACUCUAGACAAGCAUCAUCGUCUAGUGCCAACAGUUCCAUCAUCAAUCCUGGAUCUCCUAAACCCGAGAAACGUCAAGCGAAUUCUCCAUUACCGCCACCGCCUGAGGCAAGCGCAGAGAUGUACGCGUCCGUUGACAAGAAAGGCAAAGUCGACGAUCGAUCGCGGUCCUCUCUGUCGGUGGGUAAGUCACUCGAGGACAUGUACGCGAAGGUGAUGAAGAAGAAGAGGGAGGUGGAGGAACAAAACGACAUUCACCCGGCCUCUAACAACGUUCUAUAUCCGGAAGCAACUGCCUGUAGGAAACUAAGUCUGAUAGAGAUUAGCCGGGCGUCGUGGUGCAGCCACGAAUCCGUAGAGAUCCAGAAGAAGGAACCAGAUCCUGCGCACUACCCCGCCACCGCAGCCGGCACAGCGACAAACUUCCACACCGAAGGCGAUAAUAAUUCCUCGAGAUUGCCUAAAGCCGACGCGACGGACGCCGUCGUUCUGUCGCACUUGGAGAUCGAUCAUGGCUACGAGGCGGUCGACAAUUCCAACAACGCUAAGAGAAGUUUCUCGGCGAAAGGCGCAACGUCAUCAAAUUCUAACUCCGACCCGAAUUACGAGAUGUUGCGCCCGCAGUGCUCACGAGAAAGCGAUUAUCAAACGACCGGCGGCGGCACGAUGUCAAUCAGAGACUGUACGGAGGCGUAUGCUGUGCCGUUCAAGCACAGACAAGUGAGCAACGCCAGUAGCGAGGAUCCCGGCUACGAGAAGGUGAGACUGCGAAGGCGCGUCGAGUUGGAUCAGGACACGGAUUCCGAACCCAACUAUGAGAGUAUGCCUCAUGACACGGGCGAGCCGAACUACGCAUCUGUGUGCCGACCCGGUGACAGCGACACGGAUCCCAAUUACGAGUCCGUGUGUCACGGUGACCCGAACUACGAGAGCGUUAAGUACAUGAGUGUGACGCAGAACGAGGAGCCGCCAUAUGAGCAGGUAAACAACUUUCUGUCGGACGCGAACGCGGAUGGCUACGAGAAGGUGAAGGACAAGAAAACGACGGAGAAUGAGACGGAUUACGAGAAGAUCAAUGUAGGCAAUUCUAUGGAACGAAUGAGCAACGGCGACACCGACGACGAACAGUACGUUCAGGUGUAACGCGUUUCGGGCGGUCGAAAUUGAUCGACGAUUCGCCGCGUGCGUGAUAAUCAAACGACUUUACGAAUCUGUGCUUUUUGGCUGAACUAGCAAUUGCACUUUUUGCCUUUAAGUGAAGUAGGUAUGUACAGGAUGUUU